AUGUUAAUAUUUGACGGCAAAGAUGUGACAACUGAUGUCUUUCAAUUGGAUUGCCUCCAAACUCACAACUAUUAUCGGGAAAAGCACUGCUCUUCGCCUCUCAAAUACAGUCCAAAACUCAAAUUGUUUGCCCUUAAAAGAGCGACUCUAUUGCUAUCCAAUGUGGGCACUAAAGCCGCUUCAUUCAAGAACUCAGCCAUCGGUGAGAAUACAUUUAUCAUGAAAUACGAUAACUCGACUCCGAUUGACUGCAAACAAGUCGUCCAAAUGUGGUAUAAAGUGAAAAUCAAUUACAAUUGGAAACAACAAACAAAAGUGAGGCCUUCGUCGAGACAUUUUGUACAACUGGUUUGGAACUCAACCCAAAGGAUUGGCUGCGCGACUGUCUAUAGUCCACACAUCCGAUUCGUGUCCAUUGUGUGCGCCUAUCAUAAUGUGGUGCCAAUCGGGCGAAACAUAUCGGACAUCGAGGAUAAUNCAAUCGGGCGAAACAUAUCGGACAUCGAGGAUAAUGUCAGAUCUGUCAAGAAAUGUGACCAAAUUCUAAGCACUCGUAAACUUAAAUACAAAGAGCUUACGAAUGGAGAGUGGGUUCAGGAGUGCAUCAAAGAGCACAACAGAAUCAGGAAAAUACAUUCAGUCGACCGAUUGAUGAUCAACGAUGGCAUAUUCCAAGCGGCGCAGAAGAGAGCCUUAGAAAUGGCACAAAAGGGGUUCCGAUUCUUUCGGCAUAAGGAUUGGGAGUUCGGAGAGAACAUCCACUGGACGUCAUCCGAGCACUUGAAUGGCUUGCCGUCAAUCAAUUGUAACGACUCGAUCGGUAAGUGGUAUCGAGAGAUCAAUAACUAUGACUGGGAUUAUCGGCAAUCAAACAAUGGCACGAUUCGCCACUUCGUGCAACUGGUUUGGGGGUCAACCAAAACGGUUGCCUGCGCUCAGGUGCAGAAUGUGAACGGACCCAAAGGUGGUGUCUAUACGGUAUGUCUAUACAAACCAAAAGCCGAUUUCCUGGACAAUGAGCUCCAGUGGGAGAAU